GUUAACUGUUUCUGAGUCUUAUCCAUAUAGAGCUUUUCACUCUCAUACCUGUAACCAUGCGAGGACGCUCUUUGGGCAAAAUGUCCAGCAGUUUCGCAAGAGUUCACUUGUAACCUGCGUGUGACCUACCUCCUUUUUCAGCCCCAGUUAUCGAAGGAAACUAGCCUAUAAUUCAUAACGUUGAGAUUUUAGCCUUGCGGUUGCGAAGUGUGCGACUCUUAGGCAGCAUGCCUUACCUCGACAUAGGCUGUGCCUCCGUCCCAGGCAACCGUUACGGUGACAUGAACCAAGAUUACUGCGUAGUACAGGAGUUCUAUGCGCCUGGCGAAAUUCCACCCGGCCACCGGCAAACGUACAUCGCUGCAGUUUGCGACGGUCACGGCGUGUUGGGCGACAAAGCAGCCUGUUAUGCAGGCAAGACGCUUGUGCGACACAUCUACACGAGCGGUUUGCGGAAUCGAUUGCUUAGGGACGCGAGGCCGGAGGCGGAGAAGCUAAUGGUCGCUGCCUUCGAGAAGGGCCACGCAGCGGCAUUGUCGCUGUACAACGAUCCGCCCAAGAGUAUACGCUACGGCGGCCUCAGGAAAACCAUGGCGACCUACACGCUCGCCUCCAGCGACGGCAUCUGCGUCUACCGCAACGGCUCGGGGCCGGAGCGGCUGCUAGAGUUCGGCUGCACGUGCACCUGCGCCGUGGUGCAGGGGCACACGGUGUGCCUGGCGAAUGUGGGGGACAGCGCGGCGGUGCUGGGGACAGACACGGGUGCUGCCUACACCGCCCGGACGCUCACGUUGCGGCACAACGGGCACAACGUGGAGGAGGCGAGGCGAAUAAAGGCCGUCCAACCGGGCGUGGUAAAGAUCAAGGACGGCACAGGAGAGGACGGCUACAUGCAGGUGGUUUCGGGGCCGUGGCAGGGCUACGAGCUGGCCGUCACCCGGGCACUGGGCCACAAGCACAUGGCGGACUACGGGGUGCUGCCGCAGCCGCAUGUGGUGUCCCUGGAGGCGGGCAGGGACGACUGCUGCCUGGUGCUGGCGUCCGACGGCGUGUGGGAUGUGAUGGACGGGCCGGAGGUGGUGAACCGCGUGAUGGAGGCGGCAGCGGAUGGCAAGAAGGCCACGGAGGCGGCAAAGAUGCUGGUGGAGGCGGCAGUGGACUUGGGUAUCAACUCGCCGUGUGGGGAAGCGGACAACACGUCUGCCAUCGUCGUGUACUUCCCGAUACACGGAUCGCCGUCGAAAAGCAGCACAAGCACCACCAGCACCACCACCAGCAGCUAGAGAGGAGGCGGCAGCAGCAGCACCCGAGCCGUCCACAGCAGCGGCCAGAAGCCGGCAUGAAGGAGAAAAUUGCUUUUAGCAGGGCAAAAGGCAAGUCUCAUGCCGUACGACACGCGCAUAUGUUUCGUGUCGUAUGUACCUUUCCAUGCAGUACACUGUGUCCUACGAUGGGUACUUUCUGGGAAUAGGGGUGCAGGGUGUUCAUGAGUGUUUACAUUGUUGGCAGGGUGAAGGCAUUUGGCAGGGUUGGCUUGGCAGUUUUGUGACCGCUGGUGUCUCUCGGGUGUUGCGUCGUGCCCUGCGGAAGGGUGCCAAGGUCUUGUAGGAUGUGGACUGGCGAAGCCGCAACUGCAGCUGCUGUACAUACCGAAUUUUGGGUGCAGUGGUUGUUCAGAAGAGCACCUGCACAAAGGGUUUAAGUGAUGGCGAGGACUUGCAUGGCUGCUUGCUGCUGCCGGUAGUUAGGCAGCAGCUACAGCGCAGCAGGGAGAACAUGCAGGGGGGGAGUUGCGCUGGUCCGGUCCUCCUCAUGACGUACAGCUUGACGUUUAUACUCAUCUUCCGUACACUCCUUGCGCUCGAGUUAUAUCCCUAGACACUUGGUGACGCGACGUGACACAGCAUGUAUCAGCAUCCAUUGUCUGUUUUGUGCGUGUAGGUGUGAGUCUGUAUUUGUGUGAUCCUCUGUUUUUCAGGAUAUGCCGUAAAUUGGCCCACCUGAUUGCUGGCCAGCCGUGGGCCACCAAAACAUGUACGGUAGCGGCGGCUUCCUGGCGCUUCUGACUGUGUUGACGGUUACUGGUAUAUGACGGCUAAGGCGUUGGUGUCAGUGAAAGGUCAAAGCUAGCAGCCUGCCGCUUUCUUCUUUUCGUGGAGGCUGUUGGUUCUUUGCGGGUGUAUAGAGUUGGGCGGGCGGGUGGGCUAAAAAGGUCUUAUAUGGCGAACAGCAUGGUGUUCAGUUCAUGCGUGCAAUCUCCCCUUUCCCUGACUUGCCCUGCAUACGUAUAUCUGGCUGUUUAAUGCACCACAGUAACGCUGAUCGAUUGUGGCUGCUAGGAAACCGCCGCUUUUGUCAAUAUCCUCGUUGAGGCUGACCGCUCUUUUUGCCCCUUGUUUGAUUGGGCCUUGGGACUGGGGCUGGAAUGAAGCUCCCGCGCUUAUGGACUGGAUUGAUUGCGGAUGCUCCUGCGUAUUGGUUGCGGAGGCAAAAGCCGCAACUCGGGAGUUGUGUCUGGCAAACACGGGAGUCUACGCCUGGCUUGUGACGUGGGGUAGACCGAGCUCUUGUCACCUGUACAGCGCAAGUGUACGGUUACUGGAUUUUGGAUCCAAGCCGUACAUCCUGCUCCGUGCAUGGGGCCCGACGGCUUCCUGUGCAGGGCCGCCAUAUAUUCUAUUACAUUUAAGGAUUAAUCCUAAUGUAUGCCGGUUUAGGGUGCAUUGAUGUUUGCAUUGUAAGCCGGCGACUUGGAGUGCGAAUUGGAGUGACUGUGACAGCCAUCUUCAUCGUUUACGUCCCAGCAGUGGUGAUGGUGCUUGUGUAUGACGUAUGGUAAGCCCGUGUGUUGGUUGUGCAAGUGUUAACAGAGGUAAAAGUCGGUAGAUGUUUUGUUGUGCGCGGGGCGAGGGCCGUCUCCCCUGCGUGGGAGUCGUGGCGAAUGUGGAUGCGUGUUCAGCAAAAGAAAACUACUGUUGUGCUUUUGGCAGCGUUGCCACUGGCAGGUAUGAAGUCGAUGCCGAUGCUUGCCGCACGAAAGUACGACUGUGUUGAUUGAUAAGACUUACGGUACUUGUUAACUCCAUGUGAUUGUUUCUGUGUGUACAUGUUCCAGGCCCCGAAGUGUUUGGAGAACUGAUUCUAGGAUGAGAUGUAAAGCUCGUUGGGCUUCAAGAGGUCGGCAGGUUUGCUGCAUGGCAGGGACGCGCAGGGGGUGCAAACAGAACACUGAGCGUGGGGCAGUGCGACCCAGGGUGUUGCUCACCGCCGACCCAAAUAUACAAGCAGGCUGUUACGAUGUAUUACUUUCGUGGACUUGCGGCUGAAUGGUGAAAUGUCCAUGCGGCAUGGCUUCCUUGUUGGGCGGCGUGUAAGGUUCGGCGGCCUCCUGUCUACGGGCACUGGUACGCACCCUGGUGACAACCAGCGGUCUAAGACGUAGGAGAACGGCCUACCUACCUGGCUUACUCCACACGGGGAUAAUGGAGACCCAC